GCUGAAUCUCAGUGGUCUUCAUCUUUGAAUCAACUUGGACAACUUCUAACAAGGAUAAUCCAUCACUUCAGUCACUGGAAUUACUGUGUCACAGGUGCAGACAGGUGACUGUGUUUACUAGGAAUUGGACAGAAAAUUUGCCUUCUGAGAUUUAUUGACUUUGAUCAUCAUGAAAAUGUUAAUCAGCAUGCAAAUCAGCUCCUGCUGCCAUCGACUGUUUUGACAUCUUUGUAUAAACAUCCUAUUCCACACCCUUAUGCAAUCGGGAGUUUGAUAUGAUAUCUGCAACAGAAACAGGUGAUCAGCAGUCAGUCAGUUUGGAGAUUUGAGAGGACGGUCACCUGAAGAGUCUGCAGACCAGGUGGGAACUUACAUUCACGACUUCAUGAUUCUGGUUGGUGUUCUGGUUUCUGACUGUAGUUUAGUUUGAGUUAUAGAAAGUUUGUUUGUUAUAUUUGGUAGUGUAUGUAUUCGAAGAACGGAUUUGAUUUAAAUUAAGUGUCCUUUGUUUUCGUCAGGUGUCCAUCUUCGAAGAUAAAAAAUGUGGACCAACUCCUCAUCCAUCCACAACUCCUCUCUUAAUUUGUCACACAACGAUUGCACAAUUGAUGUCGCUUUCCAAAGUUAUAAUACAGCCUUCAGCCUUCUCAAAGUGGCCCUCAUCGCCCCUCUUACCUUCAUCAUCCUCUAUCUGGCUUACCAAAGGUGGAAGCAGCAGGGUUCCUGGACAGCUGAGAGCCACUGUGACGUCUUCACCUACCACCUGGCUGUCAUGGAGUUGUUCACCAUUUUAGGGACAGCUGUGACACUUCUGGGCAAUUUCAGCAGGUUCAAAAUCAUUGUGCAAGUUGGCAUGAACCUUAUUACUGUCCCUUACUGCGGAGAAACCCUUUUUCACGACCUGACCUGUGUGGAGCGAUACCUGGCUGUUGUUCAUCCUCUUACCUACAGGGGGCUGAAGACUGCUCGUGGGGUCAGGAUCAGGAAUGUCAUGAUUGGAUGUGUUUGGUUAGUCUCUUUAGGAUGGAUGGUUAAUGUCGUUGUACCAAAUGAUAGUAGAACCUUUAUCUUACUUUUGUGCAUGAUGGUCAGCUCUUUGGUCGUCAUUUCUUUCUGCAGCUUGUCUGUUCUCUGCGCUCUGAUUCGCUCCAAGCCAGGGGAUGAAGGGCGGGGCAAAGACAGAGUUGACAAAUCUAAGCAAAAGGCAUUUUUCACCAUUACGGUUAUUUUGGGAGUGCUUUGGUUAGGGAUCCUGGGCUUCAUUGUUGCCCUUUUCAUGAACACCUUACCUUUAUUGAACACAAAUCUUAAGUGUAUGGUGUUAGCGUUUUCUUCCCUCUUUAAUCUGCCCAGUGGUUUAAUGUUACCUCUGCUGUAUCUACACAGGACGGGGAAACUGUCAUUUUGCCUCCAGACUGGCGGACGAGGUUGAGCAACAUCAACCAUCUUAUCAUUUUUUCUGCAUCAGCGCGGCUAAUGUCAAAACAGACUCCUCUAACUGUUUAAGCCCUCCUUUUCCCUCUGCUUCCUCUGUAAACUACGACUCACCUCCACCUGAACUCCUGCUUUUCAUGUUGUAUCUGAUUUUACCAGCGUUGUAUGUAUUGCUACCAAGUGUCCCCAGUAGCCAAAUGCGAAUUGAGUGAUGUUCAAAGUAAAGUCGAUUGCAACACAGAGGUCAACAUGACCCUGUCCCGUUUUUUUAGGAAGGUGUUACAACCUCAGAUUUAAAACGAGUGAAUAUCUGCAAAAAACAAACAAACAAUAAAAUUUAGUAAUUUAAAGAAAUUGAUGUAUGAUUGUAUUUUGUUGUAUUCACAUUCACAUUUAUAAUCCCCAAUUUUCCACCACCUCCGGAAUGGCUACCAAAUAGGCCGUAUCCGCUAAUCGUAACCAUUCAAGGGACUCAGAGAGAACUUUGGUUGGUAACUUUAAUCACAGUGACCUUUACCUGGACCCAAAGUGAGUCUUUGAUUCAACUUGGACAACUUCUAACAAGGAUAAUCCAUCACUUCAGUCACUGGAAUCACUGUAUCGCAGGUGCAGACAGGUGACUGUGUUGACUGGAAAUUGGACAGAAAAUUUGCCUUCUGACAUUUAUUGACUUAAGCUCAAACAAAUAUGGUUUACAACAUGCAAAUCAGCUCCUUCUGCCAUCGAUCAUUUUGACAUCUUUAUCUAAACAUCCUAACCCACACCUUUAGGUAUGAUAUCUGGAACAAAAACAGGUGAUCAGCUGUCAGUCAGUUUGGAGAUUUGAGAAGACGGUCACCUGAAGAGUCUGCAGACCAGGUGUGAACUUAAAUUCAUGACUUCAUGAUUCUGUUUGGUGUUCUGGUUUCUGACUGUAGUUUAGUUUGAGUUAUAGAAAGCUUGUUUAUUAUAUUCUGUAGUGUAUGUAUUAGAAGAACGGAAUUGAUUUAAAGUAAGUAUCUUUCUUUCUUUGUCAGGUGUCCAUCAUCAAGGAUAGAAAAUGUGGACCAACUCCUCAUCCAUCCACAACUCCUCUCUUAAUUUGUCACACAACGAUUGCACAAUUGAUUUAGCUUUUCAGAGUUAUACUGCAGCCUUCAGCCUUCUCAAAGUGGCCCUCAUCACCCCUCUUACCUUCAUCAUCCUCUAUCUGGCUUACCAAAGGUGGAAGCAGCAGGGUUCCUGGACAGCUGAGAGCCACUGUGACGUCUUCACCUACCACCUGGCUGUCAUGGAGUUGUUCACCAUUUUAGGGACAGCUGUGACACUUCUGGGCUAUUUCAGCAGGCUCAAAAUCAUGGUACAAGUUGGCAUGAACCUUGUUACUGUCCCUUACAGCGGAGAAACCCUUUUUCACGACCUGACCUGUGUGGAGCGUUACCUGGCUGUUGUUCAUCCUCUUACCUACAGGGGGCUGAAGACCGCUCGUGGGGUCAGGAUCAGGAAUGUCAUUAUUGGAUAUGUUUGGUUGCUCUCUUUAGGGUGGAUGGUUGCAGCAGGUGUGUUUAGUGCACACACGGUCAAUAUCGCACUUUUGAGCAUCAUGGUCAGCUCUUUGGUCGUCAUUUCUUUCUGCAGCUUGUCCGUUCUCUGCGCUCUGAUUCGCUCCAAGCCUGAGGAUGAAGGGCGGGGCAAAGAGAGAGUUGACCAAUCAAAGCAAAAGGCAUUUUUCACCAUUAUGGUUAUUUUGGGAGUGCUUUGGUUAGGGUUCCUGGGCUUCAUUGUUGCCCUUUUCAUGAACACCUUACCUUUAUUGAACACAAAUCUUAAGUGUAUGGUGUUUGCAUUUUCUCUCUGGUACCAUCUGCCCAGUAGUUUAGUGUUACCUCUGCUGUAUCUACACAGGACGGGGAAACUGUCAUUUUGCCUUCAGACUGGUGGAAGAGGAUAAGCACUCUGAAUUGUUUUUGCUGUUCUUUUUCUUGUAUGUACGUCACUUUGGAUGGAAGUGUCCGUUAAUUGACAUUGUAGUAUUUUAACAUUGUAUUUCGUCAUCGUCGUUGUUUUCUUCCGCUUCAUCCUGGUCUGAGUCGCGGGGGCAGCAGCUUCAGGAGGGAAGCCCAGAUGACCCUCACUCCAGUCACUUCCACCAGCUGCCCCGGGGGGGAUUCCCAGGCGCUUCCAGGCCAGGCGAGAGAUAUAAUCCCUCCACCUGGUCCUGGGCCAGCCACGAGGUCUCCUCCCGGUGGGACAUGUCUGGAACACCUCUAACGGGAGGUGUCUAGAAGACGUCCUAACCAGAUGCCCGAGCCACCUCAGCUGACUCCUCUCGACAUGGAGGAGCAGCGCCUCCUGAGUGUCUGAGCUCCUUACCCGAUCUCUAAAGCUGAGCCCGGACACCCUGUGGGCUCAGUGCAUGUACUUUAACUUUGGUAUACACUUUCUGCAGUUAUAAAUCAAGGUUAGUCUACAGCCUGGCACCAGAAGUCCAAGUCAGCUCGUCCAGGGAGCAGUCAGGACAGAAACACCAAAUAUUACUGAUCAUGUAAAAUGUUUCCCUCUCUUUCACAAACAUAGUCCUUAGAGAAUUGCUUUGUUUGAUUAUGUUGAUGUAAAUGAUCACAUGAAUAAAGUGAAGUAUUUGAAUUUACUGGCUUACCUUUUUCAACACCUGAAAAAUCUGGUUCAUAUUCAAGACGGCUUAAAGCACGAUGACAUACCUGUAUUCAAGUUAUACGAUAAACGUGUGAAUAAUGACUGGAGUGGUUCGGUUUUCUGCCCAUUAAUGGACAUUCACUGUUAUCAAUGAUAUCAUGUCUCGGUUAAAACAAACAGAUCAGUGCAAGAAGGCGGAAAGCGCUGUAACGACUUUGACUUGCAGAUUUUGCCACUCAGCUGUAAUCGCACUGACCUUCGGGAAAGAUAAAUUUGCGUACGGCCAUACCCCGUACUACAGCAUGCAAAAGAGCCCCAGAGCCCUUUCCUCACUUGUGUAUCUUAUAUACACAAAUACAUUGGAUAACACAUAUGAAUAUUCACACCCAUACCACGCAUGAAUUCAUACAUCCUUUAUUGGAGUUAGGUAGUGCUGAACAGCAGACAGUCAGUUUGAGGUAGCAGGACGAGGACAGGAAACUGCUGAGGUGGGUGUUCGGAUAUAUUUAGACGGAUUUAGUGUUUUUAGACUUUUUUUAAGGAAUUCAGGCUGUUUUGUUUGCUGGAAAACCUUUAUUCUUGUUUGGUUUGUCAUGUAUAGUUUAUUUUUUUAUUUCCUUGAGGGAACUCCGAAAGGAUAAAAAAAUUGUACCUCGUUUCACCUGAGCAACACAUACACAUUACAUAUUAUAUAUAGAUAAUGUGGAUUCACAUAAUGUACAAUACAAAUGAUCAGCAACUUGUGUGAAUACCGGAGCAAUAAUAGUGCUGAUAGAAGACCUGACCUGAAAUGACCGAAAACUAAUUCCAGCCGGUUACUCCUGGCAAUUUUUUUAAGAAUUAAAAAUAAAAUUAGAAUAAAGCUUCACCGAUUUCUCCCCGCUUUGUCUCAUCCUUUUUUUCAGAUCUGUUUAUCAUGGAAAUCUCAGUUAACUCCACCUUGUUUGGCUAUACCAACAACACUCCUGACCCCUUCUCCAAUUCCUCGGGUCCUUCUGGGGAAUGCGGCUGGUCCAGCCUUGACAUCCAGAUCCUCACAGCCUUCUACAUCUCCGACAUCGUCCUCCUCCUCCCUCUCUCUGCACUCGUCUUAUACCUGGGAUGCAAGCGGUGGAGGCAGCAGCGCUUCAAUCCGGCUGAAACGACCAGUCACUCUGAUAUCUUCACCUUCCACAUGAUGACCAUGGAGAUGAUUAUCGUCUUGGCGUCUUUCGUCUUCUGUGUCGGUUUAUACGCUGAUCUGGUUGACAUGAGGAAAUACAGUUAUCAGAUUUUCUCUUGCACUUGGUGUGCAAAACUGACCUUCCACAUGCUGACCUGUGUGGAGCGCUAUGUGGCUGUUGUUCACCCUGUCACCUACAUACGUCUCAAGAAUGAGGGUGGGGUCCGGAUCAGAAAUGUCAGCAUCGGGUGUGUUUGGUUGUUGUGUUUGUUGUGGGCACUCGUAGUAGCGUUUACCAAGGCGCAGAUUAACAUGAUCCUGUACUUCUGCUUCGUGGCUGUAUCCCUGGCUGUUGUCUCUUUUAGCAGCGUCUCAGUUCUCUGUGCUCUCAAGCGUCCUGGUCCUGGAGACGGCAGCGGCAACAAGAAGAAGGUCGAUCCGAUGAAGCGAAAGGCCUCCCACACCACCACUGCCAUAACAGGAGCGUUAUUCUUGUGCUUUGGAGGGAUGCUGUGUUGUGAUGCUCUGGAGGCUUCGCAGCUUCUGGAUAGACGUGUCGGGUGUGCAGUCUUGACCUCUGCACUCUGGUUCUCGCUGCCCGGCAGUCUGGUGUUACCGCUGCUGUUCCUACAUCGAGCAGGAACUCUGUCAUGCUGUAAGUGCAACACUAGAAGAGGUUGA